ACUUUACUCUCUUUACUUUUCUCUCACUGCUUCUACCUUCCUUUUUCUUUUUCUUUGUCAUUUCUGUUCUUUCUUGUCCACUAUUUCUUCUCUCUUUGUCCUAUUUCUGUUCUUUUUCCUCUUUUCCUCUUUUUCUUCCCUCAUGCUCUUCCUUUCCUUUCUUUUGACUAUCACUUAUGUCUCCCUCCUCUCUCUUCCUCGCACACAUACACUCAUAAGCACAUGCUCACAUAUACAUAUGUACACAUACUCAUAUACUCACACAAAACACGACCUGCCAACCAUAUCACUGACAACUUUGGUUCAAACAGAUCUCCCCUCCUCUUAUGCUACUUUUUCUCUCACUUUGCACAACUCUCUCACUAUCUUAAGAUCUUUAACAUUCUUAUAGAUGAGUAAAUGUACAGCAGACUACAGGAGUAGACACAGUGCCAGUUAAUGAUGCUGCACACCAUAUACACACACACACAUAAGAUUUAAUCUCUUUACAUGAGAAAAACAUGGAAGGAGAGAGAACAUAAGAUAAAACAGCUCAAAGCAUUUCAUGAACAGUGGUUUCAAAGGAACCUAAAUGAUAUAAUAUUUGCACCAAUAUAUUUAAUGAAAGGUUCUGUUCAAAAUCUUCCUACUAAAUACCAUUAUAAGACAUUUGCACCAUUGAGCCAUUUUAGUAACAUUAGUUUACUGCCGAGGUAACAAACAAGUUGCCUUUGUUAAAAAAAAAAAUUGGAUUGAAUAAACUUCAGUGCAACAUUGAUAUUUAUUCAUCAGGAUUAUAUUAUUUUAUCGGAGAAGUAUGAAAUAUGAAAGACAUAAUAGAUUCAAGGGAAUUCAAACUUAGAAACAGUGAGAAAUGAGAUUAACACUGCAAAGGUUAUAAUUUAGUAUUCUAAUAUUUCUGUUAACUCACCAUGUUUUCUUUUAUAUUCACAUGGAUUUUACAAAGAAAUUAGUUUCAAGCAUUAGAAAUCUAUAUAAAUUCCGUACUGAUCUAUUCCUACCUCAGUUUCAUUAACUGUGAAAUUAUGUUACACUUACCGUGAAAUUUAUUGAUGAAAGAAAACAACAACAACAAAGAGAAAAGAGUUUGUUGACAAAUAGCAGUCAACCAUCGCUGUUGAUACAAACUAGGAGAAUACUUCAAGUGAAAAAGAGUGCAUCAAAGUUCAAUCUGCCACUUGCAGACACUAAAACUUGCAGUGACUUUGAAUUAACCAAUUUGUCAAGAUGCUCAAGUGGAAGAAUAAAUCAUUUAAACCCAGCAGUUUUUCUCCAGAAAAUGUAAAAAAUAAAGAUACUUCAACAAACAUUAAACCAGUCAAUUCAAUUUUCAAAAUAUCUACAUUUAAAAAGAACCCAAUAAAAGUUACCACUUUUAAUGACAAAGAUAAUUAUACGGAAAUUAAUUGUAAUACUAUGGAGGCAACAAAUGGUUUUUUGCUCAUGGGUAGAAAUGAACCCAAUGAUUUGGAAAAAAUACCCAAUAAAGCAAACAAUGACUCUUCAGAUCACCCAAAUAAUUUCAUUUCUUUCGAUCCUGAACCAUUGGAUCAUAAAGUAAGAGAUAAUCCACUUUAUCAAACUCAUACACUAUUUGCAAAGCCUUCUGACACCUCAACAACAGAAUAUCAUGAUGUUUUGGAUUCAUUACAGAGCAAUGAUGGUCAAAUUGGGGAUAUUUCUCAAAAUGUAGGUGUUCUGUCUCUAAACGGUGACCAAAAAACUAUCGUACAACAUACAGAUAGACUUUAUGAGUCUAUAAAUCAAAAAGUUUAUGAUAACAAUAUUGACGGCCUAAAUAAGGAAUCUAAAUUGUUAACUAAUAAUAGAAUGACAGUCGCAGCAACAGUUGAGCCAGAUUACCUUUCUCGAAGGAACCUUUUAAACUCAAACUUAAUGGAUAAUGAAUAUGAAGAAAUUUACAUUCCUGAACCUGAUUAUGAUGAAGAUGAAGUCACUCUUAACUUUAAGAAUGAAGAUUUUGGCAACACAGAUUCACAGGAAAACUCUCCUAGGCAACUCUUCAAGAACUAUGAAGGAGAAGAUUUUGGUAAAUAUCUUUCUGAUGAGGAAGACUUUGUCGAUACGAAUGGUUACACUUGGCGCAAAAAUAUUCAGUAUCAUACUAUAAGCCCUGCAUCACAGAAAGCUAACACAGAAAUUAAAAGGAACCGACCAAAAACUACAAAAACAGCACAAGCGAUGUUCAAAUCUGCCCCCAAAAUAAAAGGUAAUAUAAUAAGACACAACUUGAGGGAUUUUAGCUAUGCUGAUACGAAGAUAAGUGUAAAGCCAUCCAAUGCAAAACCUGAAAGCCGCUAUCAGAAGAAGCAGGAGAAAUUUACAGAUGAUGAUGAUUUCAUGCGCACAAAGAAUUCCUAUGAAAAGUUUUUAAGCACUAGGUUGGUCAAUGAUAACCGAGGAACACAGUGGACAGCAAAGGAAUUGGAAACAAGAUUUAAUGAAAAUCAAGCUGAAAGUAAACCACCCAAAAGAACGAAAAAUGGUAAUAAUACUAUUGUUGGGCGGUUAACUUCAAAACUCCGGCCCAAAUCAGAUACUAACUACUAUAUGUCUACUUCCAUAAAUUCAUAGAAUAUUUCAGUCCUUAUUUAUCUCUUAUUUGUACUUUCUAUAUAAUUAUGUAUCAUAAAAAAGACAUGAUUUAAUGUGGGAUAUUAUGUCUAUUACAUUUUGAUAUUACAUAAAGUAUUGUAUGAGACAAUAUACAAUAUAAAAUCAUAUUUCAUAAAAUAUCAUCAAUACUCUUGAACUAGUAUCAAUAUAUAUGGACAUUUAUUUACUAUUACACAGGUUGCUAGUUGGUUAUGUAGUUUCUUUAUCUAUGUCAAUAAAACGUGGAAAAUUAACACAAAAUUCAACAGCAAAAACAAAAUUGAGUUAUUUAGAAAAUUGUAAAAAAAAACUAUUCUUAUUUUCAACUUAUACUUUAUUUCUCUUCAACAUUUCCUUCCAACCACUAAGUUACAGUUUAUAUCCAUUUAACCUCUUCUGCCUCUUCUCCAACUUCUAUCUUUCUCUUCAAAUUAAAAAAAAAAAUUUUUGACUUUAUCUAUUUCUCCUUUCUUUUUCUUCUUUAUCUUCAAUCAGAUUAUUCUAUUUAACAAAGUUAUAAUUCCAACAGGAUCUGCAAGUAAUCUGGAAAUCCAAUGGAACUAAACAAUUUCAACAUUACUUGUAAACAGAACAAUAUUUGGCCAAGAUUAGGCAAACAGCAUUUUAAAACCAUAUUCUUUUUCUCCACAUCUGUUAUAAUUGCAGCCUCUAUUAUAAUAUGGCAACAGCAGAGAAUGUAUUGUAUAACAUGGUGCCAAUGCAACAGCUGGUAUCAUUCAUAGACUGAUGAAUAAAACAAUACAACACUGCAAUGAUAUAAAAGAAAGUAUUAAAGACCUGCCAUCUGGAAUGUAGGCUUUAAAGUUACAUGAAUACACAACAUGAAAUGUAAAUAGUUUACAAUAUUUGGCUUUAUGGAAUUGUGAUCUUUGUAAUUAGUUCAGAACUGGUUAAUGGUACUGAACACUAAUAUGUAAUAAAGGAUAUGGUACAUGCCUCAGUUUCAAAACUAAAACCUAUUCUGUUGAGAAAGUAAAACGGUUUUUCUUAUCAGAA